CAGAAUUCGUUUAUAGCUUCUCUUUGUUGCUCCUCUCUCUUUCUCUCACCCACCCGUUCUAGAGAGAGAAACACAAACCUUCUAGAGAGAGAAAAACAAACUCAACAAAAAGAAAAACCGCGUAAUCACUUUCCACUUCUCGCUCUUCAAUCGGAUUGUGUUAGUUUCUCUUGCCAUGGCUGCUACAGCAACUGCUUCAGUGGGUCCACGGUAUGCGCCAGCUGAUCCGACACUUCCUAAACCAUGGAAGGGUCUUGUGGAUGGAAAGACUGGGUAUCUUUACUUUUGGAAUCCUGAGACUAAUGUUACUCAGUACGAGAGGCCUUCAAGCACUGCUGCCCCACCUAAGUCUUCUGUCCAGGUUCAGCAAUCGUCUCAAGGGCGUGCUCGCAGUCCUGAUUUCAGUGAUAGGUAUGAGAGGAAUGGAAAUGGUGGGUCAAAUGAGGGUGGAUCCCGGAACAAUCAGAGCUCCAAAGCUGACAGUUUUAGUUCUCAUAAUGAUGCAAAUGGGUCACAUGUUGCUGGAAAUGUUGGUUCUAUCAGAGGUCAUGUGGCAUCAGAUACAGGACCUGCAUUAUCUCCAGAGGCUUAUAGACGUCGUCAUGAGAUCACUGUUACUGGAAAUAAUGUGCCUCCACCUGUUACAUCAUUUGGGUCUUCUGGCUUUCCGUCUGAGAUUCUUAAAGAGGUACAAAAUGCUGGGUUCUCGGCCCCAACUCCAAUUCAGGCACAAUCCUGGCCCAUUGCUCUUCAAAGUAAAGAUAUAGUUGCCAUUGCUAAAACAGGUUCAGGGAAAACCUUGGGGUAUUUACUUCCAGCAUUUAUUCACCUCAAGCGCACUAAUAAUAACCCCAAAAUGGGCCCCACUGUAUUGGUACUUUCACCAACAAGGGAAUUGGCAACUCAGAUUCAAGAUGAAGCUGUGAAGUUUAGUAAAACAUCAAGAAUUUCCUGCACAUGUCUGUAUGGAGGAGCACCAAAGGGUCCUCAAUUGAGAGAUCUUGACCGUGGAGUAGAUAUUGUGGUAGCCACUCCUGGUCGCUUGAAUGAUAUUCUUGAGAUGAGAAGAAUCACUCUUCAUCAGGUCUCUUACCUUGUGCUAGAUGAGGCAGACAGAAUGCUGGACAUGGGUUUUGAACCUCAAAUUAGGAAGAUCGUGAAUGAGGUGCCUGCUCGCAGGCAAACUCUCAUGUUUACUGCAACAUGGCCUAAGGAGGUUAAGAAAAUUGCAGCUGAUCUGCUGGUCAAUCCUGUCCAGGUGAACAUCGGCAAUGUAGACGAGCUUGUUGCUAACAAGUCCAUUACUCAGCAUAUUGAAGUUUUGCCACAUAUGGAGAAACAGCGACGGGUGGAAAAUAUUUUGCGGUCACAGGAUCAAGGAUCAAAGAUAAUUAUUUUUUGUUCUACCAAGAAAAUGUGUGAUCAACUUGCCCGUAAUCUUUCACGCCAGUUUGGAGCUGCUGCUAUUCAUGGGGAUAAAUCCCAGGGUGAAAGGGAUCACGUGUUGAAUCAGUUUCGAUCUGGGAAGACUCCUGUGCUUGUAGCCACAGAUGUUGCAGCUCGAGGACUGGACAUCAAAGACAUUAGAGUGGUUGUCAACUACGACUUCCCUACAGGAGUGGAGGAUUAUGUUCAUAGGAUUGGAAGAACUGGGAGGGCUGGAGCCACUGGUAUAGCUUACACCUUCUUUGGAGACCAGGAUGCUAAACAUGCUUCAGAUCUUAUCAAACUCUUGGAGGGUGCAAACCAGCGUGUCCCUCCAGAACUUCGUGAGAUGUCAUCCAGGGGUGGUGGGUUUGGCAGAUCCAGACGAUAUGGUUCUGGUGGUCGUGGUGACUCUGGAUUCGGUGCGAGGAGUUAUGACUCUGGUGGGUAUGGUGGAAGGGGUAAUGAUGCAGGAUAUGGUGGAAGAGGUGGAUUUGGGACUGCUGCUUCUGGCAGAGGCGGAGGCCGUGGCUUUGACUAUGACUCACAGAGGAACGAACGAGAUCGAAGCCCCGACAGGGGAUCUAGCUGGAGUGAUCGCUUCAAAACCGUCAAUCGUGAACGCAGCCGUAGUCACAGUCCUGUCAAAGCUGCACCAUCACAAAACACCCAGGUCAGCUUUCACAAAGCAAUGAUGGAACGAAGUACAGGGGGUAGUGAUCGCAACAAGAGCUUUAACCGGGAGCGAAGCCGCAGUCCUAGUCCUUACAAGGAGAAAAGAAGAUUGCUGUCCUCCCCCGGCGGCGGUAGGUCUAACAAUAGUCCUCAGAAAGGGUGGGGAGGAUCUUCAGGUGAUGGAAGAAAUGGCAGUUCUCAUGCUUACAAUGGAGAAAUGGAGGAAGGGAUGAUUCCUGAUGAAGAAGGAAUGAUAGGUCAUGAUGACUCUAUAUAUCAAAGUGUGGAUUAGAAUUUUGGCUAUCCCUGCUUUUACAGAAUGUUACAGGUUAUUUUGGUCCAGUUUCCCUAGUUUAAAGGGCAUUGCUUUUUGGACACGUGCAAAGAUAGGACCGGGUAGUGAAAUUCAUGGAAAAUGUAUAUUCAUGGAAAAUGACAUAGGUGAAGAAGAACCUAGUAACGAAUAUGUUGUAAUGGGUUUAUGAUAUUUUGGUAAAAUUUUAGUUUAUAACCAGCAGCAGGUUAAUUGUUCUACACAUACAGACUAGAAAUUAUUUAAGCUACUUUGAAAUGUUGCAUUCACCAAUGACAACAUAAUUUUUGUUAAAGAAAACAUCCAACAAAUGUGACCUUAUUAUUUUGAUUGACAACAUAUCAGUGUUGCUUGUGUC